AUGUUUACAGUACUUUCCCGCCAGCCCUGUCAGCAAACAGGUUUCAAGGUGCUCUCCAAAACGUCAACCAUUAUCACUUUGGUAUUUCUGCUUCUAAGCAUAGUUGUUGUUAUUGCUGUUACACUUGUUCAGAUCAACCACAAAGAGGUCCUUUCUCCAGGACUGAAGUAUGGGAUAGUGCUUGACGCCGGAUCAUCUCGGACUACAGUCUACAUGUAUGAAUGGCCAGCAGAAAAAGAAAAUGAUACAGGAGUAGUAAGCCAAACCUUCAAGUGCAGUGUGAAAGGCCCGGGCAUAUCCAGCUAUGGGAAUAACCCUCAAGAGAUUGUCAAACCCAUUGACAACUGCAUGAGUAAAGUAAAGGAGAAAAUUCCAUCUCACUUGCAUAAAAAUACCCCAACGUAUCUGGGAGCUACAGCUGGAAUGCGACUACUGAGGUUGAAAAACGAAACGGCAGCCAAUGAAGUCCUUGAGAGCAUUCAAAACUACUUCAGAUCCCAGCCCUUUGAAUUUAGGGGUGCUCAAAUCAUAACUGGGCAAGAGGAAGGGGUGUAUGGAUGGAUUACGGCCAACUAUUUAAUGGGCAAUUUCUUGGAGAAAACCCUUUGGAGGAGAUGGGUCCAUCCUCAUGGAGCAGAGACUACGGGUGCGCUUGAUCUAGGAGGAGCCUCCACUCAACUAUCAUUUGUCCCAGAGGAGUGUGUGCAGAACUCCAAUAGCACGUUACAGGUGCAGCUGUAUGGCUAUGAGUACAGUGUGUAUACUCACAGCUUCCAGUGUUAUGGAAGAGAUGAAGCAGAGAAAAGGCUCUUAGCCUCACUUGUGCAGAAUUCAAGAAACAAGACCAAGGUUGAUAAUCCAUGCUAUCCCCAGAACUAUGAAACUGUUUUAACAAUGAAAAGUUUGUAUGGAAGCCUUUGCACGGUAUCUCUAAGGCCAACAAAUUACAACCCAGGCCAACUCAUAAAUUUCAGGGGAACUGGAGACCCAGCUCUGUGCCAAGAGAAGGUGUCCUUAUUGUUUAACUUCACUGCUUGCAAUGACAAGGGGGAAGACUGUUCAUUCAAUGGAGUCUAUCAGCCAAAGCUUAAAGGGAAGUUUGUGGCCUUUUCAGGAUUCUACUAUACAGCCAAUGCUUUGAAUUUAACAGGACGCUUUCCCCUAGCUGAUUUUAAUUCAAGUAUGUGGUUUUUCUGCUCACGGAACUGGAGUCAGCUUCCAUUUAUGCUGCCUAAGUUUGAAGAAGCAUAUGCUAGAUCCUACUGCUUUUCAGCAAACUACCUCUAUUACCUGCUUGUACAUGGAUAUAAAUUUAACACGGAGACUUGGCCCCAGAUACAUUUCCAAAAAGAAGUUGGUAACAGCAGUAUAGCAUGGUCUCUGGGUUACAUGCUGAACCUCACCAACAUGAUCCCAGCAGAAAACCAGCUGAUCCAGCUACCUGUGAACCCUUUUUUGUUUGCUGGUCUCCUCUUUUUCUUCACAGCCGUGGCAUUGCUGUGUCUCAUCUUUGUUGUUUACUUGUGUGUUGUAUCACGCAUGCGAAAGAAUAUCAAUCAUAUGGACCACGUACUUGCUACAGAAUGA